AUGCCCACAUAUUACGUCAUUCGAAAUAACUUAUUUACUGCGCAACCAAAUGUCCAGUGGACAUAUUCCUGUCCAUUGGAUCCAAUGGACAAAUCAAAUGUCCACUGGACAUAUCUAUGUCCAUUGGAUCCAAUGGACAAGUGGAAUGUCCAUUGGACAUAUGCAUGUCCAAUGGAUCCAUUGGAUCCAAUGGACCAUUGGACAUACUCCCUUUGCCAUUUCACAGGCCUGCUUACCUGCAUGGGGUCGAUGCCCACAUCUUACGUUAUUCGAAAUAACUUAUUUACUCCACAACCAAAUGUCCAGUGGUCAUAUUCCUGUCCAUUGGAUCCAAGGGACAAAUCAAAUGUCCACUGGACAUAUCUAUGUCCAUUGGAUCCAAUGGACAAGUGGAAUGUCCAUUGGACAUAUGCAUGUCCAAUGGAUCCAUUGGAUCCAAUGGACCAUUGGACAUACUCCCUUUGCCAUUUCACAGGCCUACUUACCUGCAUGGGGUCGAUGCCCACAUAUUACGUCAUUCGAAAUAACUUAUUUACUCCACAACCAAAUGUCCAGUGGACAUAUUCCUGUCCAUUGGAUCCAAUGGACAAAUCAAAUGUCCUCUGGACAUGUCUAUGUCCAUUGGAUCCAAUGGACAAGUGGAAUGUCCAUUGGACAUAUGCAUGUCCAAUGGAUCCAUUGGAUCCAAUGGACCAUUGGAUAUACUCCCUUUGCCAUCUCACAGGUCUGCUUACCUGCAUGGGAUCGAUGCCCACAUAUGACGUCAUUCGAAAUAACUUAUUUACUGCACUACCAAAUGUCCAGUGGACAUAUUCUAUGUCCAUUGGAUCCAAUGGACAAGUGGAAUGUCCAUUGGACAUAUGCAUGUCCAAUGGAUCCAUUGGAUCCAAUGGACCAUUGGAUAUACUCCCUUUGCCAUCUCACAG